AUGCAGCUUUCGUUCCUAGCCAUGAAAGUUGCGUGGGCGAAGAUCAAACCUCUGCGUUCGUCUCUCGAGCACUUCAUCAUCUUUAGAAUCGAGCGAUCAUUAGGGGACUUCCUUAGCAACAUGGGCUACGACGACGUGGACACCACCAACUGGCCUGCCGGAACACGAUACUUCACUCAGAUCACAGACUACAACCACUCGGGAUGGCUCUAUAUAGUAACCCUGCUGUCGUUCAUCUACGUCCUUCUCACAUUCAUCAUCCGUUUCGUGGUGAAGUACGGUGUGUAUGGCCUGGACGACUGGGCGCUCCUGGCUUCCACUGUCCUUGCCGUCGGCCAAUACAUCGCCGUAUUGGCUGCUCUCUCAGAAGGCCUGGGCAAGAGUACAUCACUCCUGGACAGCGCACAAAUCAGCAAAAUCGAGCAGUGUGCCUCCGCACACCUUUUUCUCUACUUUCUGGCGCAUUGUGCUUCGAAAAUCUCCACGGCACUCCUGACCCGGAGACUCUUCGAGAAUGCUCGGCCUCGCAAUGCCCAUCUAUGCUGGGGUCUUGUCGCCUUCUCGGCCGUCUACGGAGUUGGGUGUAUACUAGCAGCAGCAAUAGGAUGUUCAAGUUCUGGAUAUCCCACGAGUGGAGAGGGAGUCUGUCCUAAUCGAUUUGUUCGGUGGCAGAUCAUUCUAGCUUUGGACAUCGUCACCGAGACGCUACUCGUAUUUGUGCCGCUUUUCCUGAUCAUGGAAAUCCUGAUCAAGCGCGCAGCAAAAGUCACCGUUACGCUUGUCUUUGCCUUUCGCCUCGUGGACGUUCUUUUUGCAGCAAUGAACCUCCAUCAGGUCGGUGUGGUCCAGCAUAGUGAUGACCCGGGAGUGGCCAUUGUACAGCCACUUAUAUGGACGCAAACGGAGCUUCUUUGGUCUAUCAUUGCGGCAUCGCUUCCGUGCCUGAAAAGCUUCAUGAAGCCCUUCGACAAGAUUGAUGAGGACACAUGGCGCUCACAGGGAAACAUGUACUCCUCGUCACGCUCAGGGGGUCGGAGCUGGAAAGAGAGCAGAGACAGGGAAGGGGCAGUGCCUCUGGAAGCUAUUCGAGGACAACGGUUGGGUAACGUGAUCAGUGCCUCCAGCAACGACAGAUCGCUCAGUCUUAGCCCAGAGCCUGUGGGCCACGACGUGAUCAUCCGGCACUCAACGAAUGGUACGACUCAAGAUGAGAUCCGAAGAAGUUGGGGCAGUCAAGAUCACAUCGUCAAGGCCUCCAGACUGGGAGGUCAGACGUGA